CACGAACAACCUACCCUACUCCUCCCUAUCACCUUGCAACGUGUCUCUGACCAUGUCCGAACUUGUCUCCGGUAUCGCUAGACUCAAUCCUUUUUCCAAGCGAUCGGACGUCGACGAUGAGGACAAGGGCGAGGCUAUUGACGAACAGACGGUGGCUGGUGGUGGACAUGCCUCCCGCCAAUCUGCCAUCACGAAGAACCAGCUCAGAGUGAGCCGCGCCUUGAAGUCGUUCUUAGCAAAAGAAGGUGUAUUGCCCGAGGACGAACUUGGCGUGGAUCAAGAUGAGCCUACCUCGGCUUUGAGAGAGUUUCUCGAUCGCCCCCACAUUCAUGUCCCAGCGGAGGUCCUCGAUCGCAGGUACCCGUUGCCGGACUACUUCAUAAGCUCAAGUCACAACACCUACUUGAUGGCCCAUCAGCUCUUUGGUGAAAGUCACGCAUCUGCGUACGAGACUGCACUCUACACCGGCUCCCGUUGUGUCGAGAUUGAUGCCUGGGAUGACGAUGACAACAAGGACGAGCCUAAAGUCACUCAUGGGUACACACUUGUUUCCCAUAUCCCCUUUCGCCAAGUUUGCGAAGUUCUUCGCGACGUUGUUGACAAAGAAGCCCGGGAAGAGCGUAAUGCCGCUCCCAUUAUCAUAUCUCUUGAGAACCACUGCGGCGCUCAUGGCCAGCUUCGGAUGGUGCAGAUCAUGAGAGAAGUAUUUGGAGAACGUCUCUUAAGUAAAGCGAUACGCGACAAGGGUACUCGUGAACAGGAAGGCGGUGAUCAUGUCACUCUUGCAGAACUUGGCAACAAAAUUGUUCUGAUUGUCGAGUACCAUCUUCCAGACGAGAAGGAUAGCGACGACAGCAGUGACUCGUCUGAAGAUGAAGAGCAGCGAAAGGCCCAUGAACAGUAUCGCGAGAAGAAGAAGGCAGUCAACGCUGGAGGCAUUAUCCCCGAACUCGCCGAAUUGGGGGUCUACGCUCAAUCAGUCAAGCCAGUGAACAACUCCUGGUACGAAAGCGUACUGGAGAAUGCGCCCCAUCAUCAUUUGAUCAACGUCUCGGAAACCGGCCUCAAGUCGCAUAUGCCAGCGGACAGCCCUAGGAUUGCAGUGCAUAAUUCUAAGCAUCUGAUGCGCGUCUUCCCUAAAGGAACCCGCAUUUCAUCUAGGAACCUCGCACCCGUCCCGUUUUGGGGGAUCGGCGCUCAGAUCUGCGCAUUAAAUUGGCAAACCUUUGGAGCCGCUUCCCAACUCAACGAAGCCCUAUUCUCAGGCUCUGGUGGUUAUGUGUUGAAGCCUGCACCUCUACGUUUAGGUGGAAAUGGCGUACUCAACACCGGCAGAAGAAAGAGGUUAAGGCUGCAUGUUGCCGGUGCAACAGAUGUGCCUCUGCCACAUGAUCGCGACGAUGAGAUCAAGCCAUACCUGACCUGCACACUUGUUCAUCCGAAUGAUCUGAACAAUCUGCCACAGAAACGUAAGACGCAACCUUACAAGCCGCACAAGCUUACCGGGUUCCUCCAUAAAGAAAAUCCUGCACCCACGGAUCCACUUUGGAAGGAGGUUCUCGAGUGGGAGUACGAUGACAACGAACUGGUUUUCCUGCGUCUUCUCAUCAAGAGCGACGAUUCCUUCGCCCGCAAUCCCUUGUUUGCUGUAGCAGCAGUCCGCCUGAUUUACGCCGCGCCAGGCUGGAACUUCAUACGCAUGUUGGAUCUGAAAGGCCACGAGACAACAUGCACGCUCCUUGUCAAGCUCGAGUUCCAGGACCUAUAGCGCAGGCCUGCUGUACUUGUGGAAAAGGCAUAUGUGGGAGCCAUGGCUACCUUGGUGGAUGUCGGUAAGAAAUUGAAGCGUUGCUGCACGGACACAUGAGUUGAUUUCAUAGUCGUUACAUUUUAAAACAAACCCGCCACACCCAUACUAGACCCUUGAACUAUUUUGAAUACGCACAACAUCUGUCCUGGCGAGGACUGGACAUAUUAUGUGUACAAACCUG